CAAGGGCCAUGGUGAAGUGAGGUUACUCGCGGAAGCGCCUUCUUACUUAACAUUGUUAUCUUCCAUGUUUUACAGCUUAGCUGUUAGUUUAUUACUGUCGAGGUGAUUAUUGGCGAAAUAGAGUAGAGACAUUUGGGCUGCAACACGUAUAAAUUACGUGAUGUCCCAGCACUAACAAGAUGAGUAUUUUUAGAAAGCGUUCCCUGGUUUUGAAAGCAGCCAUCGCUAUUCCUUCAGUCUGGUUUUUAUUUGUGAUCAUCACUGGAUACAAGCACCGAUUAAAACUUGGCACGUCUGAACGAGAAGAUGUGUUAAAUCUACACGAUAGGGAUGUUAUUAAUAGUGAAGCAAAUCUGCACAAUUACAAGCCAGAGGUUGCUGCGAAAGGUGUCAAUUUACUAGCAGCAGAUAGUAAAAAAGUCAAUAUAAUUGAAAACGACCAAGGUGCUGGCAUACCAUUAGAUAAUUUAAACCUACACUUGCAAGAUGAUUUACAAAGAUCUGGUGUAGAAAAGAUGGAAAAACAUUUACAAGAACAUACAGACAAGAUCAAGUCUAAGGGUGUACAACAAAAGGAUUCUUUGCAACGGGAGGAUGGAUUGAAACAAAGCACAAAACCUUACUUUCCUCAAGCUCCUGGGGAAAUGGGGCGUCCAGUUAGGCUGAAGAAGCUGUCUCCUGAAGAGCAGAAGGAAGUAGAUGAAGGCUUACAGAAGAAUGCUUUUAACCAAUAUAUAAGUGACCGUGUUUCCCUCCACAGACAUCUACCUGAUGUUAGGGAUCCACAAUGCAGUAAACAACAAUAUCUGCCUGUCUCCCAGUUACCAGACACAAGUGUGAUAAUUUGCUUUCACAAUGAAGCCUGGUCAACUCUGCUACGCACUGUUUACAGUGUAAUAGACAGGUCACCACCUUCUCUUCUCAAUGAAGUUAUACUUGUAGAUGACUUCUCUGAUAUGGAUCAUCUAAAACAGCAAUUAGAUGAAUUUGCAGUGAAAACAGACAAGGUACGUGUCAUUCGUGCGAAACGACGGGAGGGUCUGAUCAGGGCAAGGCUGCUUGGUGCUGCUUCUGCCGUAGGACAGGUGCUCACAUACUUGGAUUCGCACUGUGAAUGUGCAGAAGGCUGGUUAGUGCCCCUGCUUGACCAAAUCGCUCGUAAUGUAACAACUGUCGUAUGCCCCGUGAUCGAUGUCAUCAAUGACAGCACACUCGAGUACCACUAUGGAAAGGCAGCAUCUAUCAGUGUUGGCGGCUUUGACUGGAACAUGCAGUUUAACUGGCAUGCAAUCCCUGAGCGAGAGAAAAAACGAAGGGCGAGCGAGGUCGAUCCCCUUCACACACCAACUAUGGCAGGUGGCCUGUUUUCAAUUGACAAGGCCUGGUUCGAAAAAUUAGGAACGUAUGAUCCAGGAUUUGACAUUUGGGGAGGAGAGAACUUGGAGAUUUCAUUUAAGACGUGGAUGUGUGGUGGAACGCUGGAGAUCAUACCUUGCUCUCAUGUUGGACACAUCUUUCGCAAGCGCAGUCCAUACAAGUGGAGGACUGGCACUAAUGUACUGAAGAAAAACUCCAUACGACUAGCGGAGGUCUGGUUGGACGACUACAAGAAGUAUUACUUUGAUCGAGUCAGCAAUGAUUUGGGCGAUUUUGGAGAUGUGUCGAGUCGGAAAAAGUUGCGGCAAGACCUAGGGUGCAAGUCGUUCAAAUGGUAUUUGGAAAAUGUAUAUCCUGAGCAAUUUAUUCCUGGGGAUGCUGUUGCAUCAGGGGAGAUUCGUAACAAAGGAGAUGCAUCUGAAUGGUGCCUUGAUAGUCUUGCCAAUCGUGCUGCCCACCACAAGCCUGUAUCCAUGUAUAAAUGCCAUAGGCAAGGUGGCAAUCAGUUCUGGCAGUUUAGCAAAGAAGCAGAAAUCAGGAGAGAUGACUCUUGUCUGGAUUACAGUGGCAAAGAUGUGAUAGUUUACCCUUGUCAUAACCAGAAAGGAAACCAACAGUGGAAGUAUAAUACAGAGACGCUGGCGAUCUCACAUGUAUCAAGCGGACGGUGUAUGGAAAUGUCUUCAGAUCAUAAAAAAGUUAUAAUGGAAACGUGCCAUGGUUCACCACGUCAGCAAUGGGUUGUUGAAAACUACAAGCCUGAAAAAUUACGGUAGUUAUGUGUGUGAGAUAGCAUAUCUGGUAAAUUUUGCUAAAAGAAAGUCUACAUUCAGAUAAGCUAUCCACUCAAAAUUGACUGUUUCCACACAUGUGUUAAUCGUGCUGUGUUGCCAAAUGCUGUCACGUGGGUUUAAAAUUGUGUUAAUGCAGCAUUAAUUUCUCAUUUCAUUUAGGAUGUAUAUUUAUUGUGAUACAGAGAUAAAAUGAUCAGAAUCCUAUUUCACCAUCCCCUAUUGGAAUUAUUGGCAGCUUGAAGUGUUAAGCUUAAACUGUCCACCGAAGGUUUUUUUACUAAUGAAAUGCUAUGCAAAAAGUAUAAUCAUCCUAAUCUUUUGCUCCCAGAGGUAUAAACAAUACUGAAAACCUGCUUAUUUUUUCACUGUUUAUGUUUUUAUAUGAUAUACAAAAGGCAUCCAAAUAUAGUUAAUUGUAUGUAUACAAUACAUAAUAACAAUAAUCAUUGCACGAAUAUAGACAUAUAUUAAAAAAUAAAUAGGUUUACAGUAAACAGUUUAUGAUCAAAAGUCACGCAACCUGUGACCUGUUAGGUGAUUUUAAAAAUAUAGCGGUGAAUGUUAUAGUUUGUGUAUACACUAUAACGUUUAGUGUUUUCAGUGUAACGAACUUCGAUUCUCACAUCUGACAUAGUUAGUGCCAUUUUGAUGAAAUAUGAUUCAUUGCGUGUGGCAUCUUGGUUUGGAGGUGAUUAUUUUGUUGAGCCCAGUUUACAGAGAAUCUAUUAAAGCAUAUGUUCCCCUGUUGCUAUUCCAUUGUGCUGAAAUCCUAAAACACACUUUGACAUAAAUGAUAUAGAAUCACAUAUUUGGUUACAGCCACAGCAGUAAAGUAAGUGUGAUUUAGGUGAAAUAAGGAAAAUGGCCCUUACUGCCGCUGAGAGGGUCUAUGUCCCCCAGGGUACUGCCAGAACGUACCCUGGUACUAUUUAAUAUGCCGGAUCAUAC